AUGGGCAUCCAUGGCAUCUUCAAAGAGAUCGGGCCUGGGCAGCGAGUGUCACUGGUCAAACUCUCCUCCGACCACUUGAUCGCCCACAAUCGACCCUUCCGACUUGCGAUCGAUAUCUCCAUCUGGCUCUUCCAAAUCCUCGCCUCGAAGGGUGGCUCCAAUCCUGCCUUGCGAACAUUCUACUACCGCCUACUGCGACUACUAUCUCUCAACAUCCACCCACUCUUCGUCUUCGAUGGACCGUACAAGCCGACGUUCAAGCGAAACAAGAAGGUCGGCGGGCCUGGGGUACGAGUCGCAUCGGUGCCAGAAUUCUUGGCCAAGCAGCUGUUGAAACAGUUUGGCUUCCCGUGGCACAUCGCACCAGGAGAGGCAGAGGCGGAAUGCGCACUGCUGCAACGAGAGGGCAUAGUGGAUGCAGUGCUGAGUGAAGAUGUUGACACCCUCAUGUUUGGAAGUGGAGUGACGCUGAAGAAUUGGAGCUCGGAGGGAACAAGCAAAGUGCCCACACAUGUCAAUGUCUACCGAGCAGAAGAGACGAAAGAGAAGAGUGGCAUGGACAGGGAGGGCAUGAUCUUGGUCGCGCUCAUGAGCGGCGGAGACUACAUCACAGAAGGCAUACCGGGAUGCGGACCAAAGCUGGCAUGCGAUGCAGCAAGAGCAGGCUUUGGGAAGGACUUGUGUGAAGUGGCGAGGAUGAAGGACAAAGAAGGCUUGAACGCUUGGAGAGAGCGACUACAACACCAGAUCUUCACAAACGAGGCAAAGUACUUCUCCAGGAAGAACUCGAAACUGGUCAUACCAGACGAGUUUCCCAACCAGGAAGUGCUCGGCUACUACACGCACCCGUGUAUCUCAACACCGGAGAAGCUGGAGCGAGUACGGGACAGCCUGCAAUGGGAUCAGUCCAUCGAUUUUGCUGCAUUGCGAUCCUUCGCUGCAGAUGCGUUCGACUGGAGAUGCUUGGGGGGAGCGAAGAAAUUCAUCCGCAACCUAGCUCCAGCCAUGCUUGUGCGCGAGAUGCGACUGCAGAGCGAUGGCGUCCAGGUCAGCCAGGAAGCUCAAGCAGUGCGGGAGAAAGACUUCAUCAUCGCGAUCCAUGGCAAGCGAAUCCACAAAACGACGGACGCAGAAGUGGAGUAUCGCAUGUCAUUCAUCCCGAUGAGUCUCGUGCCCAUCGAUCUCACUAUCGAAGACAAGGACGACGACUUCAUACCAGCUGGCGGCGUUGAAGACCCAAGCGAUGUCGAGAGCGAAUUCGCGCCGAUACCUAACAGCACGGCGGACGAGGAUGACGCUCCAACAUCUCCUACGAAGAAGCGCGUUGCGAGACCUUACGAGCCUGAUCAGCCCGAGAAGAUCUGGAUGAUGCACAGCUUUCUGGAGCUGGGAUGUCCAUUGACUGUCGAAGACUACGAAGCAAGUCUGCGAGAUCCGAAGGAACUCUUCAAGGCGCGGCGGAAAGCACGAGCCGCUACCGCUGGUGAUACGAAUAUGCAUGCCAAGAAGACGACCAGGAAGAAGAAGACUGUCGAUUCUGCACAACUGCCAAUGGCUGCUUUCACCACGGUGACGAAGUCCUCGCAGCAGGAAGUGGUGAUCGUAAGCUCACAAGAAGAUCGAGCGCCGUUGCAAGCGAGCAAGACUGGUGCUAACGCUCGCGCCAAGAAGACGAAGCUGGAUCCACGAGACGAUGAAGACGAUACAGAUGAUGUGAUCGACAAAGUUUCUGGCUUCAAAAGGCCUUCACAGUUGUCGCCUAGCUUGAUGAAGCAGUUCGACCCUCUCGAGGAUGACGACGAGACACCCAAAGCAAGUCGACUGGCAGACCCACCAAUCGACAAAACUCGUAUCUUCGCGCCAUUUGCCAGUAAGGCGUUGGCGCAAGCCAAAGCCAAGACGACCACCAAAGCCAGAUCCAAGCAGCAGGCAGAUCCACAGAAGACUCCACGGCACCUUAAGAGGUCCUCGGACGAGGUGAUCUCGCCAGCAAUGAGCCAAAGGACCAUCAACUCAUACUUCUCACCAACGCCCAGAAAGCAAUUAAACUUUAUCGACCUCAUCUCUCCAGCACCUGUCACAGCAUCACCACCUCGCGCCACAACUCCAACCCCGCCGCGCACUACGGCUCAGCUAGGCACUGACCUGCUCGACCUUGCGGAGAAUGCAUCCUGGUCACCUGGAAAGCUGCCGGGCUCGGUGACGAAGCGGAGGAAGAAAGCGCCCCUGAAGCGGCAUCUGACUGCGCCUGUGCAAGGGAGGGAUGAUGAUCUGCUUUUGCCAACGGCUACUUCGAGGCCGGGUACGCCGGAUCUGCUCGAUGUCGGUAUUGGGCAGGCGGGAACGCGGCAUGACACGAUAGAAGCUCUGGAUCUGACGGAGUCCUCACCGGCCAGGACGACGAGACCGCCAAAGAAUGCCGCUCGUGCAGACUCCCACUCGAUGCCUCGGCCAAGCGAAGAACCCCCAGUACGCCUCUCUCCAGAGAGGUCUUCAGCACCACCCGCAACCAUACCACCACUCAACCCACCAGCCUCCAAACCUACCAAGGCCAAGGCCAAAGCCACCUCAUCGCGAGCAUCCUCUUCGAGAUCCUCAACGAACCCAGAUCCCGUGAUACGUCGCUCCCCUCGCCAACAAGAAGCGAAGAAGAAACGCAUCCAACUCCGCGAAAGUCUCCAAGGUUCCUGGAAAGAAGUCGACGUCGAAGCUGUGGAUCUGACGGAAGAUGGUAGUGGGUGGAGUCAGAGUCAGGGGAGGACGAAGAUAAAGGGGUGGAGGAAGAGUGGGGUUGAGGUUUUGGAUUUGACGGGGGCUUGA